AUGUCGUACCCACCCGCCGCACCGCAGACAUACGACCAUCCAUUUGCAUACCAGCUACCGACUCUCACUCCAGCGCCCGUCGAUGCAGCGCCAACUCAACAGUUGCUCGCCCCACCUGCCCGAAAUCCCGAGCAUCGUUAUGCUGUCCCCGCACCUCCACACCUGCAGGCAACGCCUAUACACCUCGGCCUGCGAGUGAUUCGCAUAAUCAACCUCCUGGACCACAUCAGGUUGGGUAUACAUAUGAACGCGAUCCCUCCUGGUCAACCCAAUGGUCCACCGAACACCCCUCGGUCUCCUUACAAUCCCAGAGCGCAUAUGCCAUGCCCGCCGACGGAAGAACGCGAUUUCGUAAUCCAGCCACCUCGACAGAAAACUAAACAUCACCUCAGCCAACCACUGGCGGACAUUUCCAACCGCAACUUGAGCCGCUCGCCAAUCCAGACGGCUCGCCUCCGUUUACGCAUUUCCGUUCUUCCUCUGGAACCGAUAUUGCAAACGUCACCUGCGCGAGUCCAGAGGGCUCGACGUCGUCAAACGGGACAACUCGCAAGCGCUCACGUUCCGUCUUCAUCGGCACCACUAGCCAAAUUGGACAUGAACAUUACAGGCGGGAGUACGACGAGUCAAACGAGCGCAACAUGUGCAACGGGUGGUGCGGUUAGUUCAAAGUUGGGCCCACUCACGCCGUCGACACAUCAUUCGCGUGACCCGCAUGACGAACGUGUGCUCGAGCUGCUCAGUCGUGUCGCUACCGGGAUGACUACGCCAGUCGCGACUGCACCCGAACAGUCGAUGGCUGGAGCCGGGGAUGGCGGGACUGCAGGCAACCUGACAGAUUCAAACGACUGA